AUGGCGGCACAUAACAUAGGCGCGUUCGAAGAAGGAAGCACGAGCUCACAUACUGAAACAACAAACCCUAAUACUCCAACUUUCUGCAAGAUCCGGCGGAUUGUGGUUGCCUUUCUACUAGCUUUGUGGUCGACUUUUUCAGUGGAGCAUGAAUGUAACUCUGACUUGGAAACUGAUCAUAACAGGAUCAAUUCCCAGAAGAAACUCGAUCCUUGUGAAUCGAGAUGUUUACGUUUAAAGUUCUCACACGAGGUUGCCCCAAUGGUAUUUACUGGAGAGUGUAUUUUUCCCAAUGGAACCAAAUUGGAAUUGGUUGAUGCUGUUACUGGGCAACAAGUGCGACAUGGGCCUCCAGCCUCAGCACAAGUUGAAAUAUUUGUACUUAAUGACGAAAAUUGGACAAUUGAAGAACUAAAGAAUCAUAUAGUGAUGCAAAAAGGAGGUGGAACAUCAAGGCGCGACAAAAAUCCAUAUCUGAGGUUGGAAGGAGGCGUUGUUUCUGUUAAUGAAAUUAAAUUCAAAUACACUCCAAAGCAUAUGAAGAAGUGGAACGCGGUAAAGCUAGGAGCAAGGGUUGUCGAUCAACCUGAAGUGAUAGAGGCCGUGACAGGACCCUUUACUGUCAAGGAUAAACGUUCAAAAAGCAAGAAGCGGUACCCUCCAUCACCAACGGAUGAUGUAUGGAGACUAGAGCAUAUUUACAAAAAAGGUGCUUUCCAUAAGCGGUUGACUGAAAACGGAAUAAAAACAGUGGAGGAUUUCCUAAUUGAACUCCAAAACAAUCGUCAGAGACUACGCCAUAUCCUUGGCAAAAGCAUGUCUGAAAAUUAUUGGAUAAAAGCUACAACGCAUGCUAAAACUUGCAAUCUUGAUGGAAGAAAAUACUUGUACCAUCAUUUUGAGAUGGAACAAAAAUUUACGGUGGUGUUUAAUGUUGCUGGUCAGGUGAUGUGGUUGGACUCAGGGUGUGGUUUACAUCAUUUCAAAAUGCUUUCUGAAUCUCAGAAGGUGUACGCACGCAACUUAGUGGAAACUGCAUUUACAAACUGGGAAAAUGUCGAAAAAUCUAAUAACGAGAUGCCUUUCAUGGAUCACUUAUCACCCUCUCUGGAGCUAGGAUGCAUGAGCAGAUCAUGUAACUUGGGGAAUUUGGUCACGGUUGACGAAUGCCAGUCUUUAGAGUUUCAAAAUACUUGCGGAACGACUGAAAGUAACUGGUGGAUAGACAGUGUUGAAUGUUCUACUUCUUAUGCAUUUGCUGACCGGCAAUACGAGUCAGAUCAUGAGAUGUCUCUUGCUAUAACGUCUCCUGGCCAUUCAGGUUGGGGGUAUCUAAAUUCCCCCAACGAUAUCACAUCUGCAGUGCCUAUAUCAGAUCAAUCAGGAGAUUGGGAGGAAUUUAUACAAUUUCUUAGUUCUGAUGAAAUUGAAUUUGAGGAUGAGCUUGGCCAAGCCAACAAUUCUGUUGCUGAAACAAGUUCCACACAAUUACAACAUGGUGAUCAUUUGCAAAACUUGAAGGAUUCUAAACAUGUUUGCACAAAUGCUAAUCAGCAGAGCCAAAUGAACAGAGUCUCAUUGGUUCCAGUGGGCUCGACGUGUAAAGGCAAGUCUAAGAAGGGCUGGACCAAGAUAUGUAGCAUACUGAAAUGGUACUUAUCGCUGAAGAGGUUUGUUAAACUUAAAAAGCUCCGUAUGACCAAGAAGCGCAAAUUAAUUUUCCAAGAUAAGCCACAUGAGUGA